AUGGCAACAUCAAAUAAAAAACCAUCAGCAUCACAUGAUGCCAGUACAGAUACUGAUGAUGAUAUACAAUAUGAUUCUGAUUCACCAAAAGACGAAACCAAUAAUACGAAUGACAUAUCAUCAUCAACAAACUUAUCUUCGAAGCAUCGAGGAACCAAACGUAUGAAUAAUAAAAUGAAACCUUGUCUUGUACAUAGAACAUCAACAAGUGAUGAAGAAUUACAAAAUCAUUUAAUAUCACGUAUAAAUGAACAACCAACACAUGGAAUUCUUAAAGUUCCCAGUGGUUCAACAAGUCCUGAAUUACAAAUUCCACCUCAUCCUAUAAAACCUCAUAAAUUACGUGCAAGAUCAAAAUCUGUAUCACCUACACCACAUGAUUCAUCAUCUAUUAUUAUUGGUGCUCCAACUAAUCAUCAUUAUCAUUCUCGUAAUCGACAUAAAGCUGUGCAAUCAUUUAAUGUUACUGUUGAUGUUCAUCAUAAGGAAGAAAAUCGACCAAGUCCAAAUCGAACUAUAGUUAAUAGAAAAAAUCAAGAGCAAACAAUUGUUUCAACAACAACAACAACAAUAGCAACAAAUAAUCCGGAUCGUGUCACACUUGUUGUUGAUGAAACAAGAUUUGUUAUUGAUCCACAAUUAUUUCGUGCACAUACAAAUACAAUGCUUGGUAGAAUGUUUAGUUCAUCAUGGGAAACAUCACUUGUACCGAAUGAACGAGGAGAAUAUGAAAUAGCUAAUGGAAUAUCUGCAACAAUAUUUCGAGCUUUAUUAGAUUUCUAUAGUGUUGGAACAAUACGUUGUCCACCGUCAGUUAGUAUUCAAGAUCUUCGUGAAGCUUGUGAUUAUUUUCUUAUACCAUUUGAUCAAAUAACAAUUCAAUGUCAAGAUUUAUGUGGUUUAUUACAUGAAUUAUCAAAUGAUGGUGCAAAACGACAAUUUGAAAUAUUUCUUGAAAAAGAUAUUUUUCCUGUUCUUGUUGAAUCUGCUCAACGUGGAGAUCGUGAAUGCCAAAUAGUGAUUUUAUGUGAUGAUGAUUUAAUUGAAUGGGAUGAUGAUUAUCCACCACAACUUGGUCAAGAAGAAGAUAAAGCUCAAAUUAUACGUUCGACGGCAAUGUAUCGAUUUUUUAAAUAUAUUGAAAAUCGUGAAGUUGCAAAAUUAGUUUUAAAAGAUCGUGGUUUAAAAAAAAUUCGUAUGGGUAUUGAAGGUUAUCCAACACAUAAAGAAAAAGUUCGUUGUCGUCCCCGUGCAAGACCAGAAGCGAUUUAUAGUUAUAUUCAAAGACCAUUUCUUCGUAUGUCAUGGGAAAAAGAAGAAGCGAAAUCACGUCAUGUUGAUUUUCAAUGUGUUCGAAGUCGUUCAGUGAACAGUCUGUUUGAUUCUAAUGAUGAUAAUUCAAACAACGGUCUACUUUUACCAUUUCUUGAAGCAGCUCAGAAUCAAAUGAUCCCACCACCACCAUCACCAAGAGAACUUUUUCCGGCUUUACCACCAUUCUCAUCAUCUGGAAUAAUGGGUGAUACAUCCUAUAAUGAUUAA